CGCCAAUCUCUACUGUCGCAAAAAGACCAAACCUCCCAUCCGUCUCUGUCUACAUUCCACCGUGCUUCUCUCUUUCAUUGAGUGUGUGAUAUAGCUUUAAUAAUCUCUUUUGUUUCCCAACUUUGUAUUGUCCCAGACAGGCCCAUAUCGUUCAUUGUCGAUAUGAACCCUUCAGUACCACCAUCGACUGCCGAAUACGGCGGAGAUGAGGUAUCGGCCAUUGUCCUUGACCCGGGAUUCUCAACAACGCGUGCUGGCUUCGCAGGAGAAGACACCCCCAAGUCGCUCAUCCCAACUUAUUAUGGCAAAUAUUCCUCAGACGGCCAAGAAAAAUUUGUCUUUGGUGACAACAUCUUUGUCACUCCGCGUCCAGGACUAUCGGUCCAUAACCCAAUUGGCAAGGAUGGUGUGGUGGAAGACUGGGAUAUGGCAGAGAAACUUUGGGAAUAUUCAUUCACGUCGCGACUGAUUGGGCCAAAACCGGACAACCCACUCAAGAACAGAUUGAAUGAUGUUCUCAAUGGCGAGUUACCGACGGAGAUGGAAGGGGUGGAAACGGAUGAGAAGCCUCUCUCAGACACGCCGCUCUUGGUGACGGAGUGCGGAUGGAAUCCUACGAAGGCGCGAGAGAAGACCAUUGAAAUCGCGAUGGAAAAGUGGGAUACGCCAGCGUUCUAUUCAGGCAGGAAUGGCGUCCUUGCAGCUUUCGCUGCUGGCAAAGCUUCUGCACUGGUGGUUGAUGUCGGAGCCUCCAAUAUCUCUGUCACCCCAGUCCACGACGGGAUGAUAUUGAAACGGGGUGUUCAGCGUUCUCCCCUCGGUGGCGACUACAUUUCCUCACAGAUCCGUGCCCUCUUCAAAGCGAACUCACCACAACCGAUUACUAUUACGCCUCAUUACCUUAUAUCUUCAAAGACCGCGGUCGAUGCCGGGCAGCCUGCCCAGGUAACCUACAAGACAUUCUCUCCAGAUAAGGCACCAGACGCAUCAUACCGCACAUUGCUUGAAGACCGUACCCUUACCGAGUUUAAGGAAUGUGUCGUCCAGGUUUGGCCAGGACCAAACAGACUCCUCGCCACGGGACCCAAUGGCAUUUCAAACGAAGAAGUAGCGAAGACAACACCUGCCCGGCCUUUCGAGUUCCCCGACGGCUACAACCAAGUAUUCGGUGUCGACCGCUAUAGAGUAGUUGAAUCGCUAUUCGAUGCAAAAGCCGCAAUUCUGGACCCCGAAUCGCCUUAUCCAGCACCGACUCAGGCGCAGACCAUCCUAGAGCUCAUCAAGAGCUCUUUGAAUGGCGUUGAUGUCGAUAUUCGGCCUCACCUACUUGCAAACGUCGUCGUGACUGGCGCGUCAAGCUUGCUCUAUGGUUUCACGGACCGUCUGAACCAGGAGCUCAUGCAAAGCUUCCCCGGCCCCAGAGUUAGAAUCUCAGCCGCUGGAAAUACAGCGGAACGGCGAUUCGGUUCCUGGAUCGGAGGAAGCAUUCUUGCUAGCUUGGGAACGUUCCACCAGCUGUGGAUCUCGAAGAAGGAGUACGAGGAGCACGGGCCGAAUAUCAUCGAGAAGCGCUGCAAAUAAUCAAAUCAAAAUAGACGUUUUGAAGGGGAUACGUUGCUGGUAUCCCCAAGCCACUCGCUCUAUGUACCUACCUCGCUCUGAGUCUUUUUUUUUUUUUUUUUUUUUUUUCAUCUCUUGUUGAAUUUCCUUAUAGCCUGUCGCAAACAGGGUCAAAAUUUUAUCUUAUGAUCUCAUACUUAUUACGAUGUUUAUCCUUUCUUUCUUGACCCUUCUUCUUCUUUUCCCCUUUUCUGCAGCACAUGCAUUAAUAGUGGCCGUAAAGGCCAAGGGGCAAGAAUUUUCCUGUUGGAAUGGACUUUAAAGUGGUGUUCUUUUUUAUCAAAUAAAUAGAUCAAUGAUUGGGGUAAGCAGCUACACGAGUAAUACUAUCAGCAGGGCGCUUCUAAAAACUGCAAGUUAGUUUAGACAAGCCAAUAUU